CAGUGAUGCGAUGCUGCGUAUGUCUCCUCGAUGGCGAGGGCGCAGAUUCUUUCCUUCUUUUCGGCGACUUUCCCCACAAAGCCGUAGGUCAACAGUCAAUCAGUUGUGGCGGUUACGCUAGAAUGGUUUCCCUGCUAUCGAAAUCCGGUGAAAUUGGUCGAGUUUGUGGAUUUUCUCGUAAGGGAGAAGCAGUAGAAGUGGAUGGUCAAAAGUGGGUGUGGCCCUCCCUAGAAUCAUCUGCAUCCUGGCAAAUCACACCUGUAGAGAUGGGCACGGGCCAUCGAUGCCGUACGCGCCGCCCCUCCAAAGUUUUCUUUUAAUGGCAGUUUAUAGCGGCUGGAAGGGAAGAUGAACAAAACCAUGAAUGGAUGUGUGUGCCAGAGGUUGCAAGAGUGGACGCGGACAGGAGUGGUGCCAUUUCUGCUAAAGAGCUACAGACAGCCUUGUCCAAUGGAACAUGGACUCCCUUCAACCCAGAAACUGUCAGGCUUAUGAUAGGGAUGUUCGACAGGGACAACUCUGGCACCAUCAACUUCCAGGAGUUCCAGUCCCUGUGGAAGUACAUCACGGACUGGCAGAACACAUUCCGCAGUUACGACAGGGACAACUCGGGAACUAUCGACAAGAACGAGCUGAAGAGUGCUCUGACAAGUUUUGGGUUCAAUCUGUCGGACCGUUUCUACGAGAUCUUGCUCAGGAAGUAUGAUCGGAUGGGUCGAGCCAGCUUAUCGUUUGAUGACUUCAUCCAGUGUUGUGUUGUAGUUCAGACCCUGACUGGAUCCUUCCAGCAGUUUGACACCAACAGGAACGGCUGGAUCGACAUCUCCUAUGAGCAGUUCCUCACUCUUGUCUUCAGCCUGAAGUCAUAGACAGCAACUUACAGUUACUGUCCAAAACCUUUGCAAGAUUUUUGUCUUGCAUUUGUGGACAUUUAAGCUCGCUACCUAGUCUAGAGUAGCAUUUUGGGACUUUCCUAGUAUUAUCUAAAAAAUAUUGGCCAAAUAGUACAGUUGUUGUACAUGAUGUAACUGUACAAAAUGUUGCAUCACUCCACUUUGAAGCCUCUCUACAAAUCCCUUGGAUCAUUCCUAAAAUGAUGUAUGAAAACAGUUUGCCACACUACAGCAAUGCACUCAAGUUUUAAUAGGUGAAUAACAGGUGAAAAGAACAUGCCAGGUGCAUGUAGCAUUGCCCCCCUCAAACCUUUGCCACAAGGUUUACAUGUAAAUUUGCCCUCCGUAUAUAACAUUUGUACAUGUAUAUACUUGUUUCCUUUCUGAAAGUCUGUGUACAGUAUUGAUGUGUAAGGCGUAUGAAUGGCAGACGAUGAUGGUACAUGUAUGUGGACUUUGAAAGAUAGACUAUUUUGCUACAAAAGAAGCCCUAUAUUGUGCCUAUUUGCAAUGUAAGUUGUCGUCUCCCAGAAGAGCAUUCCAUUGAUGUACAUGUAUGAUAUCAUGGAAAUAAGACUGAUUCUGACAGGUGGCAACAAUACUGUAUGAACUGUAAAUGUUUCGCAGCCUGUGAAGUGGAAUAAAAAGUGGCAACAAGAAAAAAUAAACAAAAACAAAAAUUACAACACGGAGCAAACCAUAAAUCAGCAAAGAAAGAAAUACACCCGGAGAGAAACCAAAGGGAAGCGGCUAGGCCUAGGCCAAAGAGGAUGGACUGUAAAGGACAUACUAGUUGUAAAGGUGCAUGUGAUAGUGGACCAUGAUACUGCAUACAAUAUUUAAUUUGUGCUUAGGAUGUGUGCUCGCCUGUCUUACACUUGCUGUGUAGACUGAUGUAGACCACAACUCAAAUUUGCAUGUAGAAAAAGAAAAUUCUUGUUCGUGUAAAUCUUGUGGCAAAGUCUUUGAUCCUAGACUCCAACCCCCACUCACCUGAACAGUUAAAAGAUGCUUAAAUCUGUUAAAGUGUAAAAAGCUCAAGGAAGGUGUCUUCCAACAUGUUUCACUCUUAGACUAGCUCUGUGAUCAGCAGAUGAUAACAGCUUUCUGAACUGUACAUGAUGUAUUUUUGGUGUGUAAACUUUAAGAACUUUUGGAGACCGAAGAUAUAUUUACAUGUAGAAACUGUAGUAGUGUACUGUACACGUAGUUUGUAAGCAGAAAAUAUUGAGUGCCAUCUAGUAUUAGUGUGAGGUAUUUUGGAAUUUUCACUGGCUUUAUAUCCCUCUUGAUUGUAACUACAAAAGAGCAACUUUUACCACUCAAAGAUGACUGAAGUCAUGCUGCUCAGAGUUGACAUUAGAUGAUCUUUUUAACUGAUAUCUGUCAUUUUUGGGUCACGAAAGUACAUGGCCUUGAAAUAUGAUAGAUUGUGUAACGACUAGCAAUGUCAUGCCAGCAGCAUACGAUACGCACAUGUACUGUCAGUGAGGUCUUUACAAUGUUACAAUGACUUACACAUGUGCCUGUGCAAUUGUGACCAGUAUCUAUAAGUGUCAAUAUGUAGCUGUCAAUCACAAACCUGGCACAAGCUCAGCCAAAAUCUUAUUUUGUUCACAAGUAUUUGCUGAAAUAUUAUGCUGUUGGUAUUGUGGGCCUGCACAUGUGGUCAGUGGAAAACGUAUGGUGCCAUUGUACCAAUAUUUCUUGGGAAAAAGUUCAUAUACUGUAUUUAAGGUAAACCAGACAUCAUGAAUGUAUGAAAACUGGCUUUGAUCAAUCCUGGCCUUCAAAUUAUUCUUAUUAGGAUGAACAGCUCAUGAAAAAUUGGAUAUUCCAAUCGGAGAGUUGUUGCUAUGAUAUUCCUGUUAAUGAGAUUGCUGGCAUUCAUGGAAAGUCAAGUGGAGGUGCUACUGUGCAGCAACUGUCACAUUAGAGGUAGUGUUAGGAAUUGUCUUUGCACCAGGCUGAAGAAUAACAUGCCUGGUUUCUGAUAUAUUCUGGUCAGUUUUUGUACAAAUGAUAUGGUCAUGGAAUAAAGUGUGGUGAACAGCA